AUGACUACUGCUGCAAGGCCUACAUUUGAUCCUGCCCGAGGCGGUCAGGGUCGAGGUGAAAAAGAUUUAAGUGCUAUUUCGCGACAGUAUUCCAGCCGAGACUUACCUGGGCAUACAAAACUUAAGUACAGAGAGCAAGGUCAAAGCACUACAGAGGAAUUAAGGUCGCGUGAUUUUCGUAAGGAAUUAGAUGAAAGAGAAAAAGAAAUAAAAGGACCAAACAGGAGACAUGCUGAGCCUGCACCAAAAAAAACAAAAGCAGAUCAAGUCCCUGCAGCCAGUCUGGAUGCCGACGAUCCACUAGAGGGAGAUUCUUCAGACUCUGAUGACUCUGAUGACGACACUGCUGCAUUAUUAGCAGAAUUAAAUAAAAUAAAAAAGGAGCGUGCUAUUGAGCAGGCUAAAAAGGAAGCUGAAAAGAAACAAGAGGAAGAAAGGAUAAGAAUGGAAAAUAUACUGUCUGGCAAUCCCCUGCUUAAUUACUCAGCAGCUGCACAAAAAAAUGAUUUAAAGGUUAAAAGGCGUUGGGAUGAUGAUGUUGUUUUCAAAAACUGUGCUCGCUCAGAACCUGACAAAAAAGUUAAUAAUUUUAUAAAUGAUUCACUGAGAUCAGAAUUUCAUAAAAAGUUCAUGGAAAAAUAUGUAAAAUAA